AUGUCCGCCAUGACAGGACCGAGGCAUUCUCCUUCGUCCCCGUGGCAUCAAGAUACUCAAAACCAGCCACUUGCCAGUGCAGGCACUAGUCACCAUCACACUGUGUCAGGCCAUUUGAGUCCUAACUACUUUGCCAUUGGCGCAAAUGACGCUAGCAACCCACAUGAUUUGAAGCAAAGUUUCCAUACAAGGAAUAAUUGGGAUAUAGCUUCUCAGCCCCACACCCAAUCAUCAGUCCCCAGUCAAAGACCGCAACUACUACCCCAGAAGUCAGUCUAUGAGGACAUCCAGGGCGAUUAUAUGAGAGGUCCCACUGUGAACGAAAAUGAUCGCAGAACGUCUGUCUUACACGGCCUACCAUGGAAUCCCGAGUUGCAGAAGACAAAUUCAUCCGAACGGACUAUCAACUUACAUUCGAGCCCUCGGAAUUCAUAUUUUCAGGAACCAGAACAUACAAUUCGAAACAGCCAUAGGCCAGAUGUAUCUCGGAUCGAUGGUUUGCGCCCGCAGGAUUCAAUGCAACAGACAUCCGGCCAGGCCCGUCCUUUUCAGUUGUCAUUUCAGGGUGGGUUGGCAAACACUGGUUCGCGCCAAAAUACGCCCGAACCCGGGUUUCAGACAUCGCAUCCUGCUCACGGGGUCAACUUCGCGUCCGCCGAGCGUUGCGCCGAGUUAGUCAUAUCAGCCCAUCGGGAAUCAAUAUUCUUGGAUGUGCGUCCAUUUACGCAUUUUGCGCAGUCUAAUAUCAGAGGAUCGCUGAAUCUUUGCAUCCCAACCACCCUCAUCAAGCGACCCUCGUUCGACACACGGAAGUUGGAGAACACAUUUACGGAUGAUAGCGCGAAGACGAAAUUUGCGAGAUGGAGACACUGUCGCUACAUUGUCGUUUAUGAUGCCGCUACAGCUGAUCCGAAGGACGCGGGGCCACUAUCAAAUCUGCUGAAGAAGUUCACGGCUGAGGGAUGGGAGGGUGAAGCGAUGAUCCUAAAAGGUGGUUUCAAGACGUUCUCGAACUGCUUCCCCGGCCUCACGCAAAAUAAGCAAGGGGAACAAUUGCAGACGGCAAAAAAGGCUGCCCCGAAGAAGCCAACUUCAAUGCAUAUCAGUCUUCCGGCCGUUGCUCCAGUCGCCGGUGGGUGCGCUUUGCCGGAGUCAUCCGCCACAGUCAUCCCCUUUUUCGGGAAUAUUCGCCAACACAUGGAUCUUUUAGGUGGUGUUGGGCAGAUCUCUCUUCAACUUCCUAGGCAGUUAACUGAGUCAAAAAGACGGUUGUUACCCUCCUGGCUACGGGAUGCUUCGAAUCCCAAUGAUCAAGGCCACAGUGUCUCGCAAAAAUUCUUGAAGCUCGAAGAAAAGGAGUUGGAGCGAAUGAAGCAGGCGUUCUCCUAUGGAUCGACUGUCGAUGCUACCUCAUCGAAAAAAUAUCGCAUCGCAGGCAUUGAAAAGGGGACAAAGAAUAGGUACAACGAUAUCUAUCCAUUUGAUCAUUCUCGUGUUCAACUUCAAAAUGAACCAACCGGUGGCUGCGAUUAUGUGAAUGGAAAUCAUUUGAAAGCCGAAUACAGCAACAGAAGUUAUAUAGCGACCCAGGCCCCUGUGCCGGAUACAUUCAACGAUUUCUGGCGCGUUGUCUGGGAGCAAGAUAUCAGAUUAGUUGUUGCACUCACCGCAGAAUUUGAACGGGGCCAAGUGAAGUGUCAUCCGUACUGGGAGUCCGGGAUGUAUGGGCCUCUUCAGGUCAAAAACUUCUCGCAAAGAUAUGUCUACAUGGAUAGGCCGGGUUCAUCAUUGGCAAACGAUUCCGGCAUAAAACCAUCGGCGGCGCAAGUCGACUCCAAUCAACAAAAUGAGGGUGACGAUCCUUGCAUUAUUGUCAGACACUUUGAACUAUUCCAAUUAUUGAUUAAACGCUCAUUUCGGCAAUUGUAUGGUGCAGAGUUCCGCGCAAGUUGCCAGGCAUUCGGUUUCGAGUCUCAGGAAAUUGAUGUUCAAGCCUCAUCUCUUGCGCCUUCCGGGAAUACGAGUCUUACACUUGCCGCCAAGGGCCAAUCCGAUGUAUUCCUCUUUCAAGCUGAGGGCAAAGGAUUUAUUUCACCCCGGGCUCGACUGAAAGUGCCAGAACAGUAUGAGCAGCAAUUGGGGGUAAUGGAAGUGCUCAAGACGACCGUUCGUGGGGAGCGUGAUGUUUACGUCCUUUGUCGGUUUACGCCCAAUAUAAAUGAAGAUGGUCCAGAUGCAGAUCAUCCGUUUGUUCAACAGGCACUACAGUCGAGGCAUUAUAGGAUGGUCGUUCUGUUUCAUUUUGAAAUACAGUCAUCUAACUAUCAUAUCCGGACGUGCUAUUUACCGGAUCACUCUGAAUAUGAGGCCUUGGCCAUUGCGGUUGCCGACAGGGACACAUUUGCUAUAUCCUGGCAACAUCCUCGAGAUGAUCAUGAUUUUGAUGUUGUCCUGUACAAUGUAACGGAUGAGGUACCUGAUAAGGAUACAAAUAUAAUCGAAAUCAAUUACGAAUCGUCAAAUCUUAUUGAUGAAAGCAGACCGCGCCCAGUUGGAGGGCCAGUAAUAGGCCUUAGCUUCAACGACAGAUCAAGUCAACUACUUUACUACCACCGGGCACAAACUUUAUAUGGGUCUUAUCAACAUCUGUCGACAUUUGACCUACAUCGGAAUACAAGCACGGUGCAGUUUUCUGAUUCCUUGAGUCUUCCUUUCUCAAUCUCAAUUCCGUUUUUUGGCACGCACAAAACACUCCCCCGCAACGGUAACCCAAUGUGUAAUUGGAGGUAUCUCUCUUUCGGAAUCGCCAAACAUCGAGAAGAGAACUGGACUGUUGCGUGCUUAUUGAAGUCUGAGACAUUCUGCCAAUCCCGCAACUGCGGGCAUGUUUUGAACCUUGACCGCGGACGACGACUAUCUGGAUGGACAAUAAUUGGGCACCUCUGCGACUAUCAAGUUCCAACAAGCUCCCUCGGUGGCAUUGUUGCUGCUUCACCUGGCGGCACGCGCAUCGCAAUGGCCAACUGGAAUAUCAUCUACGUCUGGGCAUUGGAGCCUAAUGUACUUAUCGGAGAGAACAGCGAUGACUUCUAUCGACCAUCUUCGCGAUCAGAAAAUACUGGGGCGGUCGAAUUACAGCCCAUUGUCCUUCCACUAGAAGCUGUUUGUUUCAAGCUGCGAUUCAUGGAAAAUGAAGACGAGUUGUUAGCCCUCACAGAUCGCGGCCUGAUGUACUGGGACAUCAGCCCGUUGGCUAAAGGUGAAAAGACGAUUCAUCACUGGUCCUACAAUGGCUUGCUUGCUUGA